UGACCAUUCAUCUUUUAUACAAGUAUCAUUUAUUUUGUUUGUGAUGUACUUUGUCAUCAAAGGCAUUUUAAGCAUGACUUAUCUUUUGUAUAUUUGCAAUAUAUGUUUGAAUAAGAUGAAUAGUCAAACAUUGCAAGAAAAGGCCAAUAGCAACAAAUAUUUUGAUCUGGAGGAAGUAUAUUGUUAGAUGCACCCUCUCAAAGUCUCAUUUCCAAAAAUUAGCAUAAUUGUGAGGCUCUUAACGUAAACAUAUACGUAGUGUUGUAGUGUACCGUACCAUGCCGUCCAAAUCAAAGUGUUGUGACGUUGCAACUUGCAGAUGCUACCGCCUUGAUCUGUCACUUCCUCCAGCUCCGGAGCCUCCAGCCACAGCCAGAUCUGCCAUUUUUAGCACAGUGCAAUGGAUGGGUUCGUCUUCCCCACCUCCUCCAGCAGCUCUCCCUCCCCGGCCUCCUUCUCCACCGCCGGCCACGACAAGGCGCUCCAGUUCGCCCCAUGCGAGGUCCUGGGGCAAGGGUGGGCCGGUAACGUCGGGCUGCAUGAGCCCUUGGAUGGCGCGGCGUGGGGCGACGGGGGCUCGACCUCGGUGGGUAACAAUAACAACCCGCCGUCUUGGAACUCACCGGCACCGGCGGCCAAGACCACGACACGGGGCCGAAAGGCCGGGCCCGCCCGGCCCGACGAGCCCGCCAUCCCCCACGUGGAGGACGAGCGGCACCGCCGGGACAAGCUCCACCGACGGUUCUGCGAGCUACGGGCCGCCGUGCCCAACGUGUCCCGGAUGGACAAGGCAUCCAUUCUUGCCGACGCCACCGCCUACAUCACCGAGCUGCGCGGCCGCGUGGAGCAGCUCGAGGCCAUGGCCAGGGAGGCCGCGGCGCGUCAGGGCGCGCCGUCCGCCGCCUCCCACUCGUUCAGGAACCUCGAGGCGGAGAAGCUCGAGGUGCGGAUGGUCGGGCCGAAGGCGGCGGCGCUGCGCCUGACGACGGCGGCGGCGCGCCACCGCCACGCCCCCGCACGCCUCAUGGACGCGCUCCGCUCCCUGGACCUGCCCGUGCGGCACGCCUGCAUCUGCCGCGUUGCCGGCGUCACCGUGCAGGACGCCGUCGUGGACGUGCCCGCGGCCGCGCUGCGGGACGAGGGAGGCCUCCGCGCGGUGUUGCUCCACCGGCUGCAGGUUAGCGGCUAGCCGGCCGGCCAGCUUUAAUUUGUUACAUGCUCUCCUCCGUCGCCGAAAUAAAUGGAAGCAAGACACUGCACGCUGAUAACGGCGGGUCCUGCUCGUGCUUGGACUUGUCUGCUGCAUUCGCGGUGUACCGUCUGGAUGCUGUCAUCGAUCUCCGUGUAGUGUUUAAGGACUUUAAGUACAUUUUUUUGGAUUGUGAUGCCAAUGUUCGAAAUGACUUACUACUCCUGUUGUUUUUAACAUAGAAACGCGGGAGGGUUAAAUUUAGGGAUUGUCUGAUGGACAGAUAUUAUCUCGUGCAUUUUUGGAUCGUCAGGAGAAUUUUUCGGAGAGUAUCUGGCCAUUUUUCUAAAGCUCAA